AAAUUCAUUGUCUAUAGCCGUUCACGGCGUCGUUCUCAUUUGUCAAGUUCGUUAUUUCUUUGCAAAACGUAAUUAUUGUAAAUUACACCAUCGAAAAUGUUGUUUUGCAAAAGCUAACACUUAUAAACUUAAAUUAGUAGUCUUGUUUUCAAGACAAAUAGUGAAAAGCGUUGAUCGCUCACGUCUAAUAAGCACGACCCUCAAGAUGGCUGAUAUAAAGUCAAUGCUCGCCAAAAUGAGCAAUGGCACCCAGAAUGGUACAGCAGAAGCUGCACCAAAGGGCCAAAAGGGUUCCAUUGAGAAGAUCUACCAGAAGAAGUCUCAGCUUGAACAUAUCCUGCUUCGCCCUGACACCUAUAUUGGGUCGGUGGAGCGGACAACUGAGUUGAUGUGGGUAUUUGACAAGUCAAAGGAAUUGAUGGUGCAGAGGGAACUUACAUAUGUGCCUGGUCUAUACAAAUUGUAUGACGAAAUAUUAGUUAAUGCAGCUGACAACAAACAGAGAGAUCCUAAAAUGGAUGUCAUAAGAAUUGACAUAAACCAAGAACAAAAUACCAUAUCAGUAUACAACAAUGGAUGUGGUAUUCCUGUGGUUAUGCACAAGGAAGAGAAAAUGUAUGUACCCACAAUGAUAUUUGGACAUCUCUUGACUUCAUCCAACUAUAAUGACGAAGAGGAGAAAGUGACAGGCGGGAGAAAUGGAUAUGGUGCAAAGCUAUGUAACAUUUUCUCAACAAAGUUCACAGUUGAAACUGCAUCGAGACAGUAUAAGAAACAUUUUAAACAAACUUGGGGUACGAACAUGACAAAAGCUUCAGAACCUAAGAUCAAAGAAGCUGGCAAAGAUGAUGAUUUUACUAAAGUGACCUUUAGUCCAGACUUGGCUAAGUUUAAAAUGGAUAAACUAGAAGAUGACAUAGUCGCGUUGAUGUCGCGCCGAGCGUAUGACGUAGCUGCAUCUACACAAGGUGUUAAAGUCUAUCUCAAUGGAGAACGACUGAAAAUAAAUAAGUUUAAAGAUUAUGUGGAUUUAUAUAUUAAAGGUAAAGAAGAUGAAAAUGGACAACCAUUGAAGGUUGUUUACGAAAAAGUAAACGACAGAUGGGAAGUCGCUUUGACAAUAUCUGACAAAGGAUUCCAACAAGUUUCAUUUGUAAACUCAAUUGCCACUAUGAAAGGUGGUAAACAUGUUGACUCGGUUACAGACAAUAUAGUAAAGAAUGUUCUAGAGGUAUUAAAAAAGAAGAACAAGGGUGGUGUAAACAUCAGACCCUUUCAAGUCAAAAACCAUAUGUGGUUGUUUGUCAACUGUCUCAUUGUUAACCCAACCUUUGACUCACAGACAAAGGAGAAUAUGACACUCCAAGCUAAAAGCUUUGGAUCGAAAUGUACUUUGAGUGAAAAGUUUGUUACAGCAGUAUCAAAGUCUGGUUUAGUUGAAUGUGUACUUACGUGGGCGAAGUUUAAAGCACAGACAGAGCUUGUAAAAGCUUCAGGCAAGAAACAGAGCAAGCUUAAAGGUAUACCGAAGUUGGAAGAUGCAAAUGACGCUGGGACGAAGAAUGCCCAUCUUUGCACAUUAAUUCUCACUGAGGGAGACUCGGCUAAGACUUUAGUCGUAUCUGGAAUGAGCGUAGUAGGAAGAGACCAUUAUGGUGUCUUCCCAUUAAAAGGUAAGCCGCUGAACGUAAGGGAUGCGUCACACAAACAGGUAUUAGAGAAUGUUGAAAUAAAUAAUUUGAUAAAAAUCAUUGGUCUUCAGUACAAAAAGAAAUACAAUUCUGUAGAUGAUUUAAAAUCUUUGAGAUAUGGCAAAGUUAUGAUCAUGGCUGAUCAGGAUCAAGAUGGAUCACAUAUCAAGGGACUGAUCAUAAACUUCAUACAUCACAACUGGCCAGAACUUUUAAAAUUGCCGUUUUUAGAAGAGUUUAUCACACCAAUUGUAAAGGCGACAAAGAAAGAUAAAGAGUUAUCAUUCUUUUCGCUACCUGAGUUUGAAGAGUGGAAGAGGGAUACAGAGAACCAUCAUACGUAUAACAUCAAAUACUACAAAGGUUUGGGUACCUCCACAUCCAAGGAGGCUAAGGAAUAUUUCCAAAAUAUGGACCGCCAUAGAAUUCGGUUCAAGUACAGUGGUGCAACUGACGACCAUCACAUUGAAUUGGCCUUUUCUAAGAAAGGUGCAGAUCAACGCAAGGAAUGGUUGACGAAUCACAUGGAUGAAGUAAAAAGGAGAAAGGAGAUUGGCUUAUCGGAGAGAUAUUUGUAUACCAAGGACACAAAAGCUGUCACAUACUCUGAUUUUGUAAAUCUUGAACUUGUUCUCUUCUCCAAUGGAGACAAUAUCAGGUCUAUACCAUCUAUGAUUGACGGACUGAAACCUGGCCAGCGUAAAGUGAUCUUCACUUGCAUAAAACGUAACGACAAACGUGAGGUCAAAGUUGCUCAAUUGGCUGGUUCAGUUGCUGAGCAUUCCGCAUACCAUCAUGGUGAACAGUCCCUGAUGAUGACGAUAGUGAACCUGGCGCAGAACUACGUGGGCUCCAACAACAUCAACCUGCUGGAGCCGCGCGGUCAGUUCGGCACGCGGCUCUGCGGCGGCAAGGACUCGGCCAGCCCGCGUUACAUCUUCACGCUCAUGUCGCCGCUCACCAGGCUCAUCUUCCAUCCGCACGACGACCCGCUGCUUGUGCACGAGUUUGAAGACAACCAGAAGAUUGAACCAGUCCACUACAUCCCGAUCAUACCCAUGGGCUUGGUCAAUGGAGCGGAAGGCAUUGGCACUGGCUGGUCCACGAAAAUACCCAACUACAACCCAAGAGACAUUGUGGCCAACAUUCGACGCAUGCUUGACGGUGAUGAUCCUGUUCCAAUGCAUCCAUGGUACAAGAACUUCCGCGGCACCAUCGAGGGUUUCAGCGACAAGUACGUCAUUUCCGGCGAGGCGGCCAUCUUGCCCAACGAAAAGAUUGAGAUCACAGAGCUGCCUGUCGGCACUUGGACACAGAACUACAAGGAGAAUGUUCUAGAACCUAUGCUCGGCACGGAAAAAGUGAAGCCGUUGAUAUCUGAAUAUAGGGAGUACAACACAGACACAACAGUGCGUUUUGUUGUGACGCUGUUGCCGGGGAAGCUGGCCGAGGUUGAGGCGGAAGGGAUCCACAAAGUUUUUAAACUGCAGACAACAAUAUCCAUGACUUGCAUGAAUGCUUUCGACCACAACAACUGUCUUAAGAAAUACGACAAAGUGGAGGAAAUGCUCCGAACGUUCUACGACGUCCGGCUGAAGUACUACUCCAGACGGAAGGACUACUUGGAGGGACAGCUGCAGGCCGAGGCGGACAAGUUGACCAACCAGGCUCGGUUCAUUGUGGAGAAGUGUGACAAGGGGCUGGUGGUGGAAAACAAGAAGAGGAAAGUGAUGGUUGAGGAACUUAUUAAGAGAGGUUACGCACCGGAUCCCAUCUCUGACUGGAAGAAGCGCGCGAGCAAGUUGCAAGGACUCACCGCACUGGAGGAGGACGAGCCCGUAGAGUCGGAGGAGGAACCGGAGCCUGAGCAAGACAGCAAAGGCAAGCCCGUUGACCCAGAGAAGGCGUUCCAGCAGUUGAAGGAAGUGAAGAAGUUCAACUAUUUGCUGGGCAUGUCCAUGUGGAUGCUGACCAAGGAGAAGAAGGACGAGCUGCUCAAGCAGAGGGAUCAGAAGCUGUCCGAGCUCACAGCACUCAAAGCAAAGACACCAGCGAUGUUAUGGCGCGAAGACCUAGACGCGUUGCUGAUCAAACUGGAAGAGGUGGAGGAGAAGGAGCGACAGGACGAGGCCAGCGUCAACAGAAAGGGCUCUAAGGCACUGGCAGCAAACAAGAAAAAUCGCAAAUCCCUAAUGGAGAUAAUACCGUCGGAGAACGGGCGACGCGUUGAGCCGAAGAUCUCUGAAGAUCUCAUCAAGAGGAUACAAGCCGCUGAGAAGGCUAAGAUCAAGAAAGAAGUCAAGAAGGAGUAUGAUCCGGAUGAUCCAACCGGCACAAGUCCGUCGAGCGGCGAGAAGAAACCGAAAGGUCGAGUGAAGAAGGAAAAGCCUGAGAAGCCUGAGAAGGCUGAGAAGGCGGCCAAGUCCGACGGACUCAAGCAGACCAAGCUCGUGUUUAAGAAGGAACCCAAGAAGAAGAAGGCAGCCAUGAGCGGCAGCAGCUCGGACGAGAUGUCCGGCUCAGACGUGGAGAUGGUGGAGGCGCCCGCGCCGCGCGAGCGAGCCACCUCCAGGCGAGCGGCUACUAAGGUACAAAAAUACAAGGACGGCGAGGAGUCGUCUUCGGACGGGUCGGACGUGGAGUUGCACGACAACAAGGUGGAGUCGGACGGCGACGCGCCGCGCGCCAUGUCCGCCAGCGACGACGACGACGACGACUUCGUCAAGAAGAACGCCAACAAGAAACCCGCCGAAAUGGACUCGGAUUGUCUAUUCGACUCGCUGAUCGAGGAAUCUAAAAAGGAAGAGGCACAAAAACCCAAAGUCAAUCGCGAUUCGCCCAUGACGAUAUUAUCCAGCGACGAAGAACCGCCAUCCACGCCGAAGAAGAAGCCCGCGCCUAAGAAGAAGCUUAUGAACAUCGAGAAAGAGAAGAAAGAAGAAAAGGAGAAGCCCAAGAAGAGGCCCCUCAAGACCAUGCUCAGCCGUGACAGUGAUGAUGAUGACGACAGCAUAUUUGAUAGUAGAAAGGACAAAAAGAAGCCCAACCCCAAAAAGAAAGCGAAGAAGAUGAGCAGCGACAGCGAGGUGGAGGAGAUCCCCAGCAGCCCGGUGGCGGCGCGCGGCGCCGGGCGCGCGCGCCAGCAGAAGAAGUACCACUUCAGCGACGGCUCCGACUCCGACUGAAGUGGGCUAUGCGGGGCGUUGUAGUCGAGACGUUGGUUGAAAUUGAUAUACCGCGUGAAUGUGCGCGAUACAAAACAUAUUAUAUGCUGAACAAUUUAGAGUUUUUAUACAAAGAAACAUUGAUGUUUGUAUUAUUUUGUUAUGGUGACUUUUGUAAUAUAAUUAUCUUAAUGAUUACUAUACGAUAAUAUAAGUAAUAUAAUUAUAAUUAGUAUAAUAAUAAUUUAACGAUAGUAUAGUUUAUUAUUAGUAUAAUAAUUAAUUAUACGCAUUAGUUAAUUAUAUAGUUUAAUCAAUUUCAAUUGAGACGGAAGGUAAAAAAUUACAAAUUCUGAUAUUUGUUGUGUAUUAUUGAAAUAUAAAUAAAAGUUCUAUUUAUAGUUGAAACUUGUUGUACUUAGUAUAAAUAUAUUAACAUUUAUAUUUCACUUGAAUUAAAAAAUAGGCAUUAUUAAUAUUUUCUAAUAGUUAAAACAGGCAAAUCAAAAUUUUAAUGUUUUUCAUCUCACUACUCGAUAAAGCUUUCUUUGCUAAUGAAAUGAACAAGCAAAAGUCUAUUUUGCUGUCGAGGCGGGAAAGAAAAUUCGAAAAUAGUCUAUACUCAACUUAGUCUACGUAACUUUCUCGAUUUAUUUUUUGAACGUUCUUGUAUAAAUGAGGCUGGUCCUUAAAUAAGUAUUCAACAGAUAACUAAUAAUGAAAUUAAUUCACUUUUAUAAAAACUAAAUAAAAUAUAAUAAUAAUAAUAAUAAUAUUUUAAUUGUAAUAAAGUUAAAAUUUAAAACAUUUCUGGUUAGAUUAGAUAUUAACACCUACAAAGUUAGUACAAAUUGUAUGUAAUGCCGCACUGAGAUUUCUUGCUUAUAGCAAACUAGCUGACGCUGUUCUUGUAGGAAUAUGGGGAAAAUUUAAAGUCUAAAGCCUUCCUCGAUAAAUGGGCUAUCUAACACUGAAAGAAUUUUUCAAAUCGGACCAGUAGUUCCUGAGAUUAGCGCGUUCAAUCACACAAACAAACAAACUCUUCAGCUUUAUAAUAUUAAUAUAGAAAUAUAGAUUCCUCGUUGUAAUGAGAUGAAAAAUAUUGCAUUGCGCACGGCAUUAAUUUAUUUAACUUAUUUGCGUUGAAUCCCUCGCGAUGCUCGGGAGUUUUUUUUUAAAACCUCUUAGCUCUAGGUUCUUACAAUUCUUUGCUUGCUGUCUAUUGUGCACUUGCAGCAAAAGUGUGCAAGUGUACUAAUAUUAUGCACUAGCUGACGCCGCGCGGUUUUACCCGCGUGGUUCCCGUUCCCGUAGGAAUAUGGGGAUAAUAUAUAGCCUAUAGCCUUCCUCGAUAAAUGGGCUAUCUAACACUGAAAGAAUUUUUCAAAUCGGACCAGUAGUUCCUGAGAUUAGCGCGUUCAAUCAAACAAACAAACUCUUCAGCUUUAUUAUAUUAGUAUAGAUUCAAAUGUAAAGAUGGCAAUAUAGCCAUCGUUGCUGCCUUAUUCUUUUUUUAGAAAUAUUGUUUUUUUUUAAUUUACCUUCUGUCUCGUUUGAUAGUAAGUGGACUGUAUGCGCGUCUGGUACGUUGAGCUCAAAAUUGCCAUAAUUUUGAAUUUGUGACAUGAAAUUAUUUUUCUAGAAAUAUUUGUUCCAUUCCAUAUUUGAUGUAUUUUUUAUUGUAUUAUUUGUAAAGCCAUCGAGUCGAGAUAAAAUACAUAAAUAAACUGCUACUAAGUUACAUUGGUCUGACAGCCUCCGUGGCGCAGUGGUAUGCGCGGUGGAUUUUAAAACGGAGGACCUGGGUUCGAUCCCCGACUGGGCUGAUUGAGGUUUUCUUAAUUGGUCCAAGUCUGGCUGGUGGGAGGCUUCGGCCGUGGCUAGUUAGCACCCUACCGGCAAAGGCGUAACGCCAAGCGAUUUAGCGUCUCAUUGGCCUUUACUCUGAAUAAUCUAAUACAAUAAUUUUCAUUAUUAUUUAUUGUUAAUGUAGUUUGAAAACUUGACAGUUUUGAUUUGAUUACACUGUUGUGUUUAGAUAUUAUUAAUAUUCUUUUUUUUUUACUUAUUUAGUGCUAGGCUAGGCAUUGAACAUUUUUUAAUAAGGCCUUGUCUUCUAAGAGAAUAAUUGAAUAUGUUUAAAACAACUUGAUGAUAUUUUUCAUGUUUUUUUUUUAUGAAUUUCAUGUUAUAUUGUGUGUUUAAGAUGUUAAAAAUUUGACAUUACAGCCGAAAGAGGUUUUUUUUCUGUUUUAUAGAAAUAAUUGACGGAAUAAGCACUAACAUUUGAUGGCAAGUGGAAAAACUAACGCUUGUGAAAGGACAGAAGUCCUGGGUUCGAUUUGGCUGGGCCGAUUGAGGUUUUCUUAGUUGGUCCAGGUCUGGCUGGUGGGAAGCGAAUAAAAAAAAACACUAUACAGGGCAUUAAAGAUAUACAUCCUACAAAGUGCCUGUGUAUUGGCUGGUGGGAGGCUUCGGCCGUGGCUAGUUACCACCCUACUGGCAAAGACGUACCGCGAAGCGAUUUAGCUAUCCGGUACGAUGUCGUGUAGAAAAUGAAAGGGGCGUGGAUUUUCAUCCUACUCUUAACAAGUUAGCCCGCUUCCAUCUUAGAUUGCAUCAUCACUUACCAUCAGGUGAGAUUGUCGUCAAGGGCUAACUUAGUAAAGAAUAAAAAAAAAAGUUAUCAAGUCUCAUGUGACUGUUACAACUGUAACCAUUGUCCUUUACACCGGCACUCAGCAAUGCUGUAUAAAGUCAGAUAUGAGCGGCACUCAGCAAUGCUGUUUAAAGUCAGAUGUAAGCAUAUAAGUAUGCCGGUACAAUCCCCAGAAGAGCUCUGUCAUAAAACAUUCUAAUAAGUUAAAAUGUACUUAUUUUAGAGGUUACCCAUAAAUGUCUAAAACAAACAACUUGCUUAUUAAACAAUGUUUGGGAAUUUUGAAAAUGUCUAUGAAACUAUUGGCCUAUAUUCAUUAACUAUCUAUUAAUGAUAUACCUACUAACCAUAAAGACCUAGUAUUCGUUCCUUAGGUGUUAAUAUUAUAGUAUUUAUUUAUAUUAUUAUUUUUUAGUUUAUUAUUCCUUUCUUUGCUAAUAAAAUCUCAAUUUAAACUGAGUACCGAAUUAUAAUAAUUUCAUAAUUUUUCUUUAUCUUUUUUUUUUUACUAAUAUUUCUAUUACCUUGCUAUUCUAGAGAUGUUCACAAUGCCCAAACAUUAGUGUUUCAUUUAAAUCUUUUAGACAUGUACAUUAGCUGGAUUUAGGACUCAAUUAUCUAUUUUUAACAAAAUCCUAAAACAUCAUCACUUUUGCUUUUAUUACUAUUGCUAAAUUGAGUUUUCAAUUUGCUGUGACGUCAUAUGGAUCAUUGUCGUAUUAUUUACUUUUCCAUGUUAUUAAAAGCUCAUACGUCUAUGAUACUUGCCUUCGUACGCCGUAUGGAACGCUGAAUCGUUUAGUUUAAAUACGUACUGCAAGCCCUACCACCCUUGGUAAGAAGUAAUCUCCAGCCGCUCAGAGAUUCGUUUCGUUUCGUUCGUUCAUUUCGAAUGGGCGAUAUAACUUCAAUCUGGCGUACAAGGUUGUUGAACUGCACUGUUUCAAGGCUAUGUAUCUGUUUGUCUUUUUAGUGAAUAAAUAACGAGGCAAUUGUAAAUGAAUAUGUAUGUCCCAUUCGAUCACGACCUCUCAGAAAUGCAAUUUCUGAGCGGCCGGACCCUAGCGUCGGCCGAAACUCAAUUCAAUCUUCAUAAACCAGUUUUACUAAAUUACUAUAACGAAACGUGUUACCAAAUUAUUUCCUAAAUUGAUUAUUUAUUUAAUUUUUUCAGGAAUUUAUAAGACGUAAUUCAAUUUCGAGAGAGAAUUUUAUAGACAUUUAUACAAAAGGAAUGUAUCUGAGAAUAAGUUCCUUCAGUAAAUUACAAAGAUUCGAAAGUGUGUAACAUAUAAAAUAAUUGAUUUUGCACAUAGUGUAAGGUAAUUUUACAAUACCACAAGUAUUUUGAAAGUUGCUAUUUACGCAAACAAUUUAAAAUAGAUAUGAAAGUUUACAAGAUCAGAUCUUGUAAUUUUUUUUUAUUUUUAAUUUUAAGUGAUUAUUACACAUUACAGAACACACAAGUGAAUAUUAUUAUCAUUCACACUGACAUAAAUAUAAAUAAAAAAAGUUUUAAUUUCGCAAGAUAGAGAGAGAGGGACUCAAAAAAAAAAAUUAAACUGUAAUUUGAAAAUAAUUAUUGUACUUUACUGUAACAAGUUUAAUAUAUAAAUGAAUGUCCACUUUUCUAACAAGUAUUUAAAUUGAGAUGUUUUUGGUUCAGGUUAAUCAUUGCAUAAGUCAAUCUCCUCUAUCCCGCCUACUCCAAAGGGCUUUAAAUAAAUAAUUUGACAUAUUUCGUAUUUUUUUUAUUUACCUAAAAAAAAGUACCAUACUGUGUAGGUACACGUUUUGAAAAAAAAAAUGUUUCAGAAUAUGCUAUCAACUAUUUUUAUUAUUUCCAAUCUUAUUGUAUUACGCAAGUUUGCUUCAAUUUAUUUUCUUCGUACUUUUCAAGUAUUAAUUUAUUUAAUUUAAUUUGCCUUACCUUCUGUGUAAACAACACACACGCACAUGUGUAAAAUAAAUCAUAUUUUUUCAUCAUUUUGUACAUCGUUUUAGAUCUGACCUGUUAAUUUAACUAAUUGUAAAUAAACUUUUUAAGUAAAUAAAA